AUGGUGCGCAGCUUCAAGCUCAACUUCCCCAAUGGUGUGGUCGGCGUCGGCAUCGGCGUGCUCGUCAUCGACGGCGGGCGUCUGCUCCUCGGGCUCCGCCGCGGCUCGCACGGCUCCGGCACCUGGGCGCUGCCGGGCGGCUGGCUUGAGGAGGGCGAGGCCUUUGAGGCGUGCGCGCUGCGCGAGCUGGAGGAGGAGACCGGGCUCGGCGCGGCCCAGGUGUUCGCGUCCGGCGCGGCGGUGAUCCCGGUCGUCUCCAACAACGUCAUCGACGGCAAGGUGCACUCGGUGACGGUGUUUGUGCGAUGCGUGGAGUGGCGGUGGUGCGACCUGGCGCAGCCCCUCCCGGCGCCGCUCUUCCCGCCGCUCGCCUUCCUCGCCGACUCCGCCUACUGGAGAGACACCGUUCUGCCGACGACGCUGCCCGCGGGUCGGGUGGCCUCGACGACCCCUGGCGCGGCGCCCUCCGGCGUCGGCGGCGCCUCGACCGACGACCCGCGCGACACGGUGCUGCUCACGCCGCUGCCCCUCCCGUGCGGCUCCCUCGUCCCGCGCGUCGUCUGCCCGACCGCCGGCGCCGUCGCGACCUUCACUGGCACUACGCGAGAGACGUUCGAGGGGAGGGCGGUGGUGAGGCUCGAGUACGAGGCGUACGAGGCGAUGGCGCGCAAGGAGAUGCUCGCCCUCUGCGCCGCGGUGCGCGCGCGCUGGCCCGUCCGCCACAUCGCGAUCGCCCACCGCACCGGCACCGUCCCCGUCACCGAGGCGUCGGUCGAGAUUGCAAUCUCGUCGGCGCAUCGCGCGGAGGCGCUGGCGGCGUGCGCCUUCGCCAUCGACGAGCUCAAGGCGCAGGUGCCCAUCUGGAAGAAGGAGGUGUACGAGGACGAGCAGGCCGUCUGGAAGGCCAACCGAGAGGCGGCGCACGUUCCCUCGUGAGUGUGUGACACACAAUCGAUUCACACGAGUCAAAAGUGUGGUACGUAGUAAUAGUACACUGUUGUCAUGUGCAAC